AAUUCUACCCAGGAUAAAUUGAUGUCAACCGCAGGAUCAAUAACCAGCACAGACUCAACAACAAAGAGACCUAGGCUGAAACUAAAGAAUACAUCCGGAGGGAACUGGAGGAAAGAGAUUCUAGGAGAUAUCACUGUUAUGAACCCACAAGAGCUGAAGGACUUGAAUAAGAUUCUAAAAUCACAACACACAAUGAAAUCCAAGUCACAGAGUCUAGGAAGUAAUUUACGGAGACAAGCUGCUAUAUCAGAGAGCAUAGAGGAAGAGAGUGAGCCUACAUCAAGCAGAAGCAUUCCACCUCCUCCUAUAAUCAGUGUCCAGCAUGCGCCGGCAAUUCCACAGAUAAUUGAAGAAGAAGAAGAACCAGAAGAACCAGAUAGAGGUGAUAGUGGCAACGAAGGGGAUACUGAAAACACUCUGACAGUUGAAAAGCCUGCAUUACCCAAGGAGUUGAAGAAGAAAAGAAACAAGGAACAGACAAAGAAUGGAGAGAUGCCAUCUUGGGCAACUAAGUUUCUUCAGUCUAAUAACAUCAAGGCAUCAGGAGAUCUUGGCAUGGAUGAAGCUAAGUCUGGAUCUUCAGAUGAGACAGAGAAAGCAGCCACUGCAGAAGAACAAGUCUAGCAGAUCUUCCAUCAAAUAAAUUUUUUGUAUUUGAAUAUGCUGUGGGCAAUUCAAGUUGCAAGUGCUAUCAAUACAUAAUGCAUAUGUUCAUUGGCAUUCACAAUGUUUAAUCCUUCUGAAUUGCAUUGUCCUCAGUGGCAGAUCCAGGGUUCGUUUGCUGGGGGGGGGGGGCACUAGCCCUUAAAUAGUCCCCCUUCCCAAUAAGAAAGUCGUCACAUCUUUGAUGUGCCUCUUUUUGAGAAGGAAAAAAAUAAAAAGGAUACAAGUUUAUCACAUUUUUGAGGAGCGUUUGCUGGACUAAUAUGGCUUUUAAGCAUGUACUUUAGGUGUGCUCAUGUCUCUGUGUCCCUGUGCAUCUGCCAAUGGUUAUAUUGCAUGAUUUCUAAAAUUGUAAAUGACGAAAAAUCAAAGCUGGGAAGAUAGAAAUCAUAUUUGGUUAAAAAUAUAUAACAGGAGAACAAUACUUACUAAUUCACUUAAAAAUACUAAAAUAUAGCAGUUGACAAAUCUAUUUUAUUUAUGAGAAAUCUGCACCCCAGAAGAGCACCAACUUAUUUAUGCAAUUUACGUUCUGGCAAUAGUAGUACAAAGGAUAAUAGCAGGUGAAUGAAAUGCUUCAUCACCACACACACCUGGGAAGGAGGUAUCCAUUCAUUUAAAUACAUUGACUUGAUAAACGACUUCACAAAGUACGUCGGGUUAUUAUAAAAACAUGGUGAUGCCCAUGACGUGCUGAGAAACUGUACAUUAUUCUUGCUUUAUGCCUCUCUCAUAUAAUUUGGUGGGUAAUUAGAUUAAUAGGCAAGAAUAUAAUAAAUCUCUCAGAAUAAGUAAAGUUAUUUCUUAGGGCGAGGUUUCCUUUAAGGUCAUGACAUAAGACAUAAAACAUAAUGAGUUUUUAUUUGAAGAAUGAAAUGUAUAUUUAUCAAUAAUAUUUGUAAGUUUUUGCUUUUAAACUUGUGAUUUUACACUCUUAUAUAGUUGUAUAUUUAUAGUGAAUAUUUUAUGAAAGUAUGCAAUUAAUAGGAUCCAUGGUGUGUGAUUUGUUAUGCAAUGGUUAGAUGAUUUAGGUGAUAAUUUGAUUCAACAGUGUCUUCAUAUGCUGCACUGAAACAAUGUAAAUCAUAUGAUUCUAUCUUUUUAUACAAAGCUAGCAUAUUUUUGACAUGUUUAAAAAGACCAUUAGAAUUUGAUAUAUCAGAUGAACUAUACAUGUAUAUAUUGUUUUAUGAAGAAGAAAAGUCUAUCAUGCAUGCCUAAUUCCAUCCAGAAUCAUCGGUCUAGCUAAGAUUGAUUCAUGUGGGCGUAUAUUAUGCUUCAAGAUAUGUAAAUAUUUAUAAUGUAGACAGCGACAACUGAAUUCCAAAGUUUGUAAGAUAUGCAAGUUUUUAUCAGAAAAUAUUUGUAAAUUUUAAGAUAUUUUUCUAUUUGAUCAGGAUUUUGUGAUUUAAAGAAUUUCCAGCCUGUGGUCUUUCAAACAUGAAUCAUUGUAAGCACAAGAGAGCCACAUGCACAUUCUACAGUAGCAAUAUUCAUAUACCUCAAAUGAUAAAUUAAUGAUCCACUUGUUGAAUGAUUAUGUGUAGAUUGAUAAUGUAUAAAACCAUCAUGAUGAUGUCUGUUUUCUACAUUACACAUGUAGUUUUUACUAUUAAUAGUCCAUAACAUGCACAUGUGCAGUUUUUAUCUAUCACUCUUUAUUAAAAGUAUCAAUAUCAAAGAGGUGCAUGAAUUCUCUGGGGAAAAUCUGGUGAAGCAGUAAGCUUUAUUUUAGAUUUUUGGCCUCAAAAGGAAAACUGGUUUUACAUGGUUAGUUAAAUGAAUUCAUGACAUCAGUUGAAUUGGUGAAAGAACUUUCUUUUGACUGUUGUUGAUAUUUGUAUAAAACUACAUGUCUUUGUAAUUGUUGUGAAUGUGUACGUAACAUACAUUAAUGUUAUGUGUAUUGUAUUGCUCCAAUGGCUACUUUGUAAACAAUUAGAGGGAUUUGCUUGAUGACUGUUGUGCUCAAAAUAUAUGGAAUAUGUGGAGAAUGUAAAAUAUUUUGCACAUUGGUGCUCUAGCAUACACAAUACAAAAUGAGAAUUAACAGUUCAUCAAGUUCGAUACCUGCAUGCCCUUUUUAUUACCCAAACCUCAAAUAUUGUGGAAGGUCACAGAGGUUAAAAAAAAGCCUCACCAGGACCAUUUACGCAUCCCAAACACCAUUUUGAUAAAUCAUUGUUUUGUAGACUGCUAUUUACACUACUAGAAAAGAGCCUAAAAGACAUUGGUGUUUGCUCUAUCUUAUUAGUUUUUGUGUGAGUAUAAUGCUGCUCUAUACAUGCUAACAAACGGUAGUGAGGAGAGUCACGUGACCUAAUACCAGAAUCAUUUAUAAAAGUUUUGAGAGCGAGCAUUUACACUGCAAAAAUCUGAAUUUUCUGCUGGUAUUUAAAAAAAAGCCACACUCCAGAGGAUAAUUUUUCAAUUUUGUUUGUUCGUUAUUUGCAGGCAGUUGCUUAGCAACUACUGAUGAUCGAGAACACCAUAUUUGUGAGAUAAUUUUACUGCAGUGUAAAUGUAGCUUCUUUCGUACGUUAUAGGGGGAGGGGGGAGGGGUGCACUGAAAUGAAAUAACAAGAUGUACAUGAUUGUUUUGAUUGCUUUUGAAAAAUAAUUAUUACAUUAAAUUAAAAUGAUAAAUAAAAUCUAAAGAGAAAGAAUUGCUGUAUUUGUCUUCAUGAACAAUUGCUCAAGACAUGGAAUGUAAAUAUUAAACUUGAGAAGAAUACAUUUAUCAUGUUAAUAUCA